AUGCAUGAUAGCGAACAAUAUAUAGAAGCUAUGGGACAUGAUAAUUUUCAAAAACCCAAUGUUUACAACAAAUUCUUACCAUUCCAUGAUGCUGUUCAUCAGCAAAGUUUACAAUCGUUCAAAGAAAUCUGUGAAAAUAUUUCACGUAUUAUUCAAUUAAGGGAAUUACGACCAGGUUUUCCACUUUGGUCAUCAAAAUUACAGCAAUUUAUUUCUCUUUAUGGCCUAUGUUUUACUAAAAGCGACCAUCUUAAAUUCAUUCAUUUAUAUCUAUCAGUACUAUCUGUACCAGAUUUGAAUUAUUCAAAUGCAAAAACAUGUUUUGAUAUACUCGAUGAACUUUUAAAUAAAUCUCGUUUGAUUCAACGCGAUGAUCUAAUUGUCGACUGGCGAAUACUUUACACAUGGGUAAAACUAAUUCUUUUCAAUAACGAUGAAAACUAUUCAUUACUUGUAUUACCGAAUGAUGUUGAAAAAUCACUUUUGUAUUGUGUUCGUAGUUGUCGUCCAUAUUUUUCGGCAACAGCAACACAGGAAAUACUCGAUGAAUUUCGCCCAUGGUUAUGCCCAUUCGAUUCAGUUUUUAGUGAUGCUAUGUGUUAUUUAGAUCUUUUCCUACCUGUUCACUUACCACCGAAAUUACAUGAUCAAGGAUUCAAACUAUGGUUACCGGAAUUUUUGAGUAUUUGGGAAACUGUUUGUAACAAUCCCGAUUGGGAGCAGAAUAUGAUCAAUAUAUUUUCAUUUGUUGCCUGGUGUAAUAUUGGAUAUAUUGAUUGGGAACCUUGGAUGCCAAAAAUUUUCACACGUAUACUUAAAAGUUUUUCACUUCCGGUUGCAAACGUACACGUAUCGUCACGUGUACAAAAUUAUUCUAUAUCGAUUACUGCAACAUGGAUUGUUGCUAUGAUGGGCAAUGGAAGUUCAUGUUUACAAUAUCUAACAGAUUUAUUUACUGCUAUUAAAAGUUUUUAUCAUCCAUCGAAUACAGGAGAAUUUCAACAAGAUCUUGUUAGUUUUCUUUCGAAAUUAUCACAAGCAUUUGUUGAUCGACUUCAUCUAGAACGUAAGGCUGAUUCGGUAUGGCAUUUUAAUCCACCUGAACAUUAUCGACUGACAGAAAAUGAUAUUACAAAUUUUGUUAAUUGCGUCAAAGAAUGCGUAUUUAUAUCAAUUUUUAAUAAAGCGCAUCUUGAAGAAGCAGCAAAAGCGUGCCAAUUUCUAUCAAUGCUUCGGCCAGAAUUAAUCGUUCCACCAUUGGUUGACUUGCUCUUCUCUUCGGUCAACAGUAUGACUGAACCACAUCGCUUUACAUCUCUUGUGACUUGCCUAGCGGAUAUGGCUCGUCAAAUUGUACGACAAACACCGGAUUUUUCACAAGGUCAAACCUAUGUUUUACCAUUACUAAUGGCUGUUCUACCUGGUAUUGAUUCAAAUGAUUUCAAAAAAACUGCUGUAACAUUUCAAUUUCUCAAUGCAAUUCUAAUGCUUGUAACCUGUAUCGAUUGUUCAUCUGCUAUUCAUACACGAAAUGAUCUAACCGAAAUCGAAAAAGAAGUUUGUUUGUCAACAGCAAAAUUCGAAGAUUUCGUAACUGAAUUUCUUAAUCGAACAUUUCAAAUGAUUGAUACACUAUCAACUGAAAUGUCCGAUGCUGUUGUACUUAAUCAUGAGACAAAUUCAGAAGAUCAAGAAGCUAGCCAAGAAUUAACUUCCAUGAUCUCUGGUAUUGUUCAGCAAUGUAGCAAGAAGAUUUUUCAAAUGAUUCGAGAGAAAAUUACAAACUUCUUGGCAGCAUCAUCUUUUUCACCUAAAAUUAGUAGGCUUCUUAAUGGUCUUGUACGUGCUAUACUGAAAGGAAAUCCUGAAGAAACACUUAAAUAUCUUCUACCACAAACCUGUGAACGUAUUGAAAAAAUUUUAAAUCAUUCAGAAACAACCAUAUUAUCGGAUCAUAAGGGUGAUCCAGAAUUAACUUGGUCUUUAACACUAUUUUCUGAACUUGUUCGUGCUCGUGGUGAUGCAUUAAUUAUCUAUAAACCAAUGAUUCUAUCUGUAUUUCAUCGAUGUAUUCAUAUUAUUCAUAAAGAAUCAUAUGAAGCUGUAGCUAAUGCUGCAAAAAAUUUACUUAAAACAUUAUCAUACGUAUAUCCACUUGAAUAUCGUUUAACUGUUGAAAAUAUUGAAGAACCCUUCACAGAUUUCUUACCUAUUCGAGCUUGGGGUCAACAUGUUGAAUUUGAUAAACUUAAUGUUCAAUUUCAUAUUCCAAAUGAAGAUGAAGUUGAUUUUGCAUGUGAAUUCGUUGAAACAUUUAUUUAUCCUGAAUUACAAUUGUUAAAUGAAAAAUGCUCAAAAAUGACCAAUGAAGAACGACUAAGAUCGCUGACUUUAAUACGUUUUAUAGCUAUCGGAUGCUUUCGUAUGGUACCGCGAAUUGAUAGUAAAGAAGUAGCUGAUCUAAUACCAUCUGUAGUUCCAUUCGAUACGAAACAUCGAUCUACAUAUACACUUUAUGCUAAACAACCUCAAUUUAGAGAGAAUUUACGAAUGCGUCUUCUAAUUGAUGUAGGCAAAUUACUUGAUGUUCUUGUCGAAAAUCAUUCCGAUGACGCAUCAUCAAUAAAAAUUUCUUUGAAAAUUUAUUCAUUAGCAUCAAUCUAUUUCGGUGUAUUUGAACAAUAUGUUGAUAAAUUAUGUAAAGAUCUUGAAAGCAUUAAAUAUUUAUAUAAAAAUAAACUCUUCGGCAAACGAACGCAUCCUCGUUUUGUGAUCAUUAGACGAAUUGCAGUACAGCUCGAAUUAUUCUCUAUUAGUAAUUAUCAAAGUUUAAGUGAAAUUGAUAAACAAGUCAUACUUAAAUUAUUCGAAUUAUCGAUUCAUCGAUACGGUGAAGUUCGUCGUAAUGCACAAGUUUAUUUAUUUCAUAUUUUACGACGUUACCUUUUCUCGUAUCAAGUUGUUAUUGAUCGAAUUCUAGAAUUACUUGAUAAUCCAGGUGAAGCUGAUCAUGAUCAAAUAAAAGGUUGCCUUUAUAUUCUUCUUGGAAAUGAAUCUAUUUUUAUACCAACGAAACAUUCAUGGACAUUACUUGAAAAACUAUGGCCAACGCUUGCACGUACAAUGCAUGCAACGAAAAUUAGUACACAAAAAUUACUUGAUCGUAUUAUGGAAAAGAUUGGUAAACAAUUCGAUACUCCAGCUAUUGUUGAAGAUACAAACGAUCUAUCAAUCAAAGCAGCCAUUGAAUUAUGGAGACCCUUAGAAGAACACGAAUUAAUAUCACGAGAACAGAUGCGUGAAAAACGAAAUCAAGCCAAUAUUCAAUCGUAUAAUAAUCUUAUGGAAACACUAAAUUCAUUAUUCUAUAAUCAACUAUUGACUUGGCGACAACAAGAAAUGGCUAUGGCAUUUAUUUGGUUACUUCUUCAAAAGCGUGUCCCAAUACCUUCAUCAUGUAUUCGAACAUUUGUUGAUUUUCUUGUUCAUGAUAAUGUUGAGCUACGAAAGAUUUCUGAAAAAGGUGUUGCGGCAUUUUGUCGUAUACAAAAACCAGCUCGCAUUUAUGUGGAGAAAACACUUGGAGAAAUUCUUCAACGACCAGUUGAUGUUGAAGAAUGUCGUCCAGGUGAUCGCGAUGAUAAUCUUUGGGUAACAAUUGACAAUUAUAAACCUGCUAAAACACAGAAAGAAUGGGAAGAAACAUGCUUUUUGGAUAAAAGCUAUCAUGGAUAUUACAAAUGGCCAAAAACAAUUAAAUAUACUAUGAAUAAACGUGAACGAUAUACGAAAGGCAAUAUGCCAGAAGAUGUUGCAAUUUUAUAUGAGAAAUUUAUGGAUAAGAGUUUUAUCAAUAAAAUUACUCAGUUUAUGGUUUUGGAUGAAGAAGAGGAAGAAAUCAAUUUUGAUAUUCAUCGAUUUCGAAUGUUUAAAGGUCUGUUUCGAAACUUUGGUUUGGAUUUAGUCGAUAGUUUCAUGGAUGAAUUAUAUAUUUUAAUUCGUGAAAAAACAAAGAAACAAGAAGGUAGCCAUCGAGUAGCAGCGGAAAUUGUUGCUGGAAUGAUUCGUGGUUCAAAACAUUGGACUCUAGAUAUGAUUGAUGAAUUGUGGAAAAAAUUAACUCCACUUCUUAAUGAAGUUUGUGCAAGUCUUUGUACUGAAACAGUUGGACAUUGGGGUUCAUGUUUUAAAUAUGGCAUGGAAGACGAAGAUCCGCGUCGAAUGCAUCGUGCAAUUGAUUUUCUUCGUUCUCUACUCAACAAUCAAACAAUAGGCAAUACAUUUCUUGAAACAUCACACUGGAAUCUUGUUCAAAAACUGAGUAAUCUUGAAUGGCGUAUUCCGUCAGUAUGGUGUGCUCUUAGUCAACAUGCUAAAGACUUUAUUGGUCAUUCAUAUAAAGCAAUACGAGAACGUAUUGCUAGUGUCUUAGCCACGGCACUUAGCUUUGAUGUGAAAUUAUCCAAUGGUCAAUCGACACGUCAUCCCGAUGUUGAUCAGUUUAUUGACAAUAUUCGUGAACGAUUAGAUCAAGCAAUAAAAAUCUAUGAAAAACAACCUUUAGCAACUAUUUCUGGUCAAGGUGUUGAAAUUGAUUCGAAAUCUCGAGACGCUGUAAAUUAUAUUGAAACAGUAAUACAACUGCACACACUGAUAUUCUCUGGUCAUAUUCAACCAGUAAAACAUGCAAUUAUUCGUAUUUUUCCUCAUCUCUGUGAGAUCGAUAGUAUCGUAGCCAAUGAUGAUGUUAUUCGUACAAGUUCAAUAGUUAGCCGUAUGUGCUUGGCUGUAACCUAUAUUACUACAUCUCUUAUGGAAGAAUUGAUUGAACAAUUGGAACACGUUUGUUCGAGUCCAAAAUGGCAUGCACGUCGAGCUGCUAUGGAAUUCACUCAAAAUAUGAUCUUUUGUAAUUUAUUUAAUGUUCGACCUUAUGUACAACGAUUGAGACAACUUGUUUUCAAAUGUCUAUUCGAUGAACAAUUCGAAGUUCGAUCUGUUGCGUCUGUUACAUUAUCAGGAUUUUAUCAAUGUGGUUUUAUGCAAAUUAAUAAUGAGGAUCUGAAAUAUUUUCGCUCCAUGAGUAAAACAAGUUACUUUACAAAAGUCGAUGGAAAAAAGGUUACAUCGCCAGAGAAUGUUGUUAAACGACAUGGCGGCGUUCUUGGUCUUUGUGCAAUAGUUUUGUCAAGUCCUUACGAGAUUCCAAAUCAUGUGCCUGAAGCAUUAAUGUUACUUUGUGAACAUUCACAUGAUCCAGACCUAAUUCAAAAAUCAAUAAAGAAAGCAUUAUCAGAAUUUCGUCGAACUCAUCAUGAUUCGUGGCAUGAACAUCGGGAAAAAUUUACUGAAGAUCAAUUGAUGGAUAAAAAGAAAAAGAGACAAUUAUUAGAAAAUCGUGAAGAUUUAAUUGCUCAACUAUAUCAAGAAUGCAGGUCAAUGAAUGAAAUUAUAAAAUGGUCUCAAUUUGAACCGAUUCAUGAAAAAUUACAGAAAGUAAUUGACAUAGAAAAAGAACUUUUAAAAGUAAAUCCAGUUUGUAAUCGUGAAGAAAAUUUAAAUGUUUUUAUCGAUUGGUUACAUUCCAAUGGUAUUGACACGUCGAGUUUUGAAAUAUCUUCCUUUGAAAAUUAUGGAUUAGGAUUAAAAGCAACAAGAACUCUUUCAUCUGACGAAUGUUUUCUUACUGUACCACUUUCAAUGAUCAUCACAACGGAUACAAUUAUGAAUUCAUCAUCGUUUAGCCCAUUGAUAGAUAAAGAUCCAUUACUUCGUUCAAUGCCAAAUGUAGCUCUAGCAUUGUUUCUUCUUCACGAACGACCUCAAUCAAAAUGGCAACCAUAUAUUGAUAUUUUACCGACUGAUUUCAAUACACCAUUGUAUUUUAAUUAUGAUCAAUUGAAUAGACUUAAAUCAUCUGCUGCACUCUGCGACAUUUUAACACAUAUACAACGAAUCGCUAGACAAUAUUGCUAUUUACAUAAUCUACUUAAAGGUCAGCCAACACAUUCAAAACUUGCAGAGAAUUUUUCGUAUGAUGCUUACAGAUGGGCAGUUAGCGUAGUUUCAACACGACAGAAUAAUAUAUUGAAUGAUCAAGGAGUACCUCAAUUAUCAUUGAUACCUGUCAUGGAUUUUCUAAAUCAUGAAUUUGGUCAAGAAUGUAUUCAUUACGAUUUAAAACUUCGACAAAUUGAAUGUCAAACAAUGAAAAAUAUUGAAAAAAAUGAACAAAUAUUUAUGUUUUAUGGAAAACGAACAAAUGCUGAAUAUCUACUACAUAAUGGUUUCGUACCUCAUCAACCCAAUCCAUAUGAUACAUAUUUACUAAAAUUAGCGCUUUCAAAGACUGAUAAAGGUUUUGAAGAAAAAAGUCAACUUCUACAACGUUAUGGAUUAGAAGCAUCAGAUAAAUAUCUCUUGUUUGUUGAUGAUGAACUUUUCAAUCCAGCUGUAUUUAUUUUUAUCAAAAUUUUCCUUAUGAGCUUAGAUGAUGUGACCAAUGUUCUUUCAAAAAAUACGGCAAUGGAUGAAUUUUUCAAUAUCUACGCAUUAGACAAAGAUAAUGAUGUGCGAACAUUUCUCAGAACACGUAUACAAUUAUUUAUCCGUUCAUUAAAUAUAGCGUCAUUUAAAAAUAAUGAUUUAAUUGAUCACUUAUUAAUGUCUGAACAUGAAAUUUUAACAAGAGCUUUGAAAAAACUUGAGCUUCCAUAUUAG